UUGCCUCCUAGAGGUUGUAAGAUAAGGAGGCAGACAUGGAGUUGCAGUUGCAAAAAGAAGAAGCACAUUGAACUAUUUCCUAAAUAAAUAUAAGGGGAAAUUAACAAUUAUAGAGGAAGCAUGAUUUGACAAGCUAUCCCAAUGUGGGCAACUUUAGCUUCUGUUUUUAGCCCCCGCUACAGUCAAUAACUGCCAAAACCUGCACAGUUGGGGUGUCUCUCAAUGAUAAAUGCAACCCAACAAAAUUACAAUGUCGUCUAAGCUCUCUCUAUAAUAGCCAGACAUUCCCUUGCACUUCCAUGUCACCGUUGGAGAUUUCCAGAGAGAAUGAAAAUGUAGAUAAGCUGAUAACCCAACAACUUGGUUUAUCCCUAACUUUUUCUUGAGAGCCUUCACAGCCAUAUAAAAACCCUAAUCUGAGGGUGGUGGUCAUGGUCUCCCAAGCUGAUGAAUCACUGAAAGAUGAGGCAUCAGCCAGCCACCAAGAUGAUGAAAAGGGUGUUAAAGAUGAUGAUAAUUUGGGUGAUUGGUUGAGCCUAGGCCUCAGCGGUACUAGCAGCAGUGCUUCUGCUUUAGAAGAAGGUGGUUCCAGCAGCUCAAAUAAUAAGCCCCCAAAAAACAAGUUCUUCUCCUGCAGUUUCUGCAUGAGAAAGUUCUACAACUCACAAGCCUUGGGUGGCCACCAGAAUGCACACAAGAGAGAAAGAGGAGCAACCAGAAGGCUUCCCCACUCUCAGAGAAUGGGAGCCUCAACCAUGGGGCCUUCCUUCCACUCUCUGCCAGGGCCGGUGGCCCGGUCUCUGGGCGUGCAGCCUCAUUCUCGGAUACAGAAACCAAACAGAGAUGGGGCUUCGCCGGUGGUGAGAUUCAGUGAUGCCACCACUGGAUUAGGUUUGGCGAGGGCAGUGCCUUUCAUUGUUGGAGAAGAAGCAGUGGAUGUUGUGGUUUGGCCUGGGAGCUUUCGGAUGGAAAAACUGGACAGCGAUCAACCAUCAGAGCCGCAUAAUCUGGACUUAGAUCUCAGGCUAUGAUGCAAUGUUUACACAUAUAUAUAUAUAUAUAUAUCUUGUUUAUUGAAACUAGAUUUGGAAUAGAUACCUCUAAUUUGAUAUUGUCUGCACUAUAUUUUUACUCUUCUAUGUUUAUAUU